UUUAAUUCUGCCCCAGAGGGGUAGGAGUCUUGUCUUUUUUCUGCUUGAUUAUUUCUCUGGGGGCCAAGCUGGGGGUCCCUCUUAUGGAAGACAGGUACAUGGAGGAUGUCUAGGCUGGAAUUGCUUCUUGAGCCACCUGGUCUGAUCUGUUCUUUUCCAGAAGGGGAAGCCGAGUCAGACCCCCACAAUGGGCCAAUGGCAGGUUCUUUUCUAGUACCUGGAGCACUAGGGUGUGGGGAGGGUUUCCCCUAGUGGCCUAGCUUCCCUUUGACGCCUGUGUACUCCCUAGCUCUCCCACCCGCCUGGGGGACCUCAGAAAACAGGAAAGUAUUCCCCAUGGAUGGGGGCCCUCUGCAGAGACAGCGGGGCCUAAAUGAGGCAGCUCGAAUUGGCCAGUCCUUGGUGAGACAGAUCAGUGUUCUGAUGGAGGAGAACAGCAAACUGGAAGCCGUGCUGGGCUCAGCCAGGGAGGAGAUUUUACACCUCAGACACCAGGUGAGCUUGCAAGGUGACCUCCUUCAGCCCUAUUCAGACUCUGAGGAGGAGCAGGAGGAGGAAGAGGAGGAGGAGGAAGAGGAAGAACAGCAGCAUAAUCAGUCCUACAGAGCCCCUGGGCCGACUUCUCUGUGGGAGAUGGAGUCACUGCCCUACUGCCCGCGGCCGGCAGCCCUGCUGGAGGAGGAGAAUGAGCAGCUGACAGAGGAGAAGGAGGGGCCUCGAAGUAAGAACGCCAGGAGCUGCCAUCGACCAGACACUGAGGCCGCCGGGGCAAAGCCAGGGGCUGUGCUGCUCCCAGGAGUUUCCGAAGAAGAGGGAGGCACAGCGUAUGUCCCUGAGGAGCUCAGGUCUGGCUGUGAGAUGCAGACACCAAACAAUGCAAUGGCUGAACUCAUGCUGUUCCCCCCAGGCCUGACAUUCCUUCUCCCUGGUUCCUCAGCUCCCCUGUGGGCCCCACGGGUCCCCAAGUCCCUGACAUCUGAGGCCAGCCAGCGGAUGGCUGAGCUGUCAGAGGUGUUGGCGCUCAGGAUGGAGAACCAGGACCAGCAGCACAGGGAGGUCACGGAGCUGCAGCAACGCUGCCCAUCGUGUGGGGCUGAGACCGAGAAGUUGCAGCAGCAGCUGGCUUCAGAGAAAGUCAUCCAGAUGCUCCAGAAUGAGGAGGCCCUUCCUGGUUUUCAGGAAACCCUGGCUGAGGAGCUCAGGAGGUCUGUAAGGAGGAUUAUCUCAGACCCUGUGUUUUUUAUGGAAAGGUCCACUGCUGGGACCCCGGGGCCCUUCCUUGAGGCUGGCAUCCAGUUCCCUUUUCCCCUGCCUGGGACAGACCCGGGGAGUAGCCAUCGGGUCUAUGUAUGGACCUCAACCCUGGUGGCUGGAGAUGUCCUAGGGGCGGGAGGAAGAGGGGGGCUGGGGUCUCUGUCUGGGGUUGGCUCUCAGGGGGCACAGAAAGACUUUCCCGUCUCCCUGCCCAGAUACAUGCUGUGCUGCAGUGAGGUGCGAGAGCAGGACCGGGGGUUUGAGGCUGAGAAGGGGGUGCCGGUAGCAGAGGAUUUUGUGGUGGAAGAUUUUGUGCCUUUGGCAGAAUUGGUGUCUGAGUGGGAACUGGGGGCCCCAGAAGAGGUGGCAGUUGAGGCGGGGGCGACAGAAGAGGCAGAGCUGAUGUCUGAGGAGGUGGAGGCCUGGGAGGAGGUGGAGCCGGAGCUGGAUGAGGCAACACAGAGGACCGUGGUGACCUCAGCCCUGCAGGCCGGCGACUUGGGUCCUGCGGUCCUUCAGCAACUGGCUAACUGGCAGGAGGUGCAGUAUAUUUGGCAGCUGAGGCAGAAGAUGCUCCAGAAGGGCGCCUGGGUGGCUCAGUCGGUUAAGCGAACGACUUAUGCUAGGGUCAUGAUUUCGCAGAAGGCUGAAGGUCAAGACCAGCGACAGGGCGUCGGCCCCUACCUGCUGGCCAAGCCCCCAGUUCACAUCCACUCCUCUUCUCUUCCAGGCUUUGCUGUUUCCCAGCAGCCUGCAGAGGCCCCGCCGACAGCCUGA